AUGGCGCUGCUGGGAGCAAGAGGAAGUGGGCUGGUGCUGCCAAAGCCGGUGACUUUUGUGACUGGCAACGCUAAGAAACUCGAAGAAGUUCGUGCCAUCUUGGGCUCCUCCAUCCCCUUUCAAUCCCUCAGGCUUGACCUGCCAGAAUUGCAAGGCGAACCGGAGGAAAUCUCCAAAGAAAAGGCUAAGUUGGCUGCUCUUCAGGUAAAUGGUCCUGUUCUUGUGGAAGACACUUGCCUCUGCUUCAAUGCCCUCAAAGGUCUACCUGGACCUUACAUCAAGUGGUUCCUGCAGAAGCUUGGACAUGAAGGUCUCUACAAUUUGUUGAUGGCAUAUGAGGAUAAGUCAGCUUAUGCAUUGUGUUCCUUCUCUUUUGCCACUGGACCUAGCGUUGAGCCUAUUACAUUCCUGGGUAAAACUCCGGGGAAAAUAGUUCCGGCAAGGGGACCGACCGAUUUUGGAUGGGAUGCAAUGUUCCAACCUGAUGGUUACGACCAAACUUAUGCCGAGAUGCCGAAGGAAGAAAAGAACAAGAUUUCUCAUCGCUCCAGAGCUCUUGCACUGGUGAAGUCUCACUUUGCUGAAGCUGAGUACACUUUCCAGACUAACUCUCUGUAA